UCUCUGCCUCCCUAUAGGAAACUCCUGGAGGGUGAGGAGUCCCGCCUGUACACCAUCUCUGACACCCACAUCUCCAUGCCCUGCAUCUACCGCCAGUCCCCCGUCUACACCCUGCCUUGCCUGGCCCGGCAGGGAGGGCCCACACGCAGGUCUGAGCCCCAGUACAAGUUUGUUGAGGAGAUCAUCACUGAGACCACCAGAGACAUGGAGAUGUCCGAGAUCGAGGAGACAGGCUCCGAGGAGACGGUCCGGGGAGAGGGAGACGAGUUGAGACAGAAGCAGGGAGAAGAGAGUGACAAAGCUGAGAGGAGGAGUGGGGGAGAGGUGGAUGAGCAGAAAGAGAAAGAUAGAGGUAAAGUGGAUGUUGAAGUGGACGCCCCGGAGGAAGAGGGUGAACAGGAGGAAGAGUCUAAGAGACAGCAGAUUGUAACAUCAGCAGAGGUCGAGGUAAAUGGAGAUGGAGUUAGCCAUAGCGAGGGAGAAAAUGGAGAGGAGGGAGAGGAUGAAAGAGAGGAGGAAAAGGGGGGUGAGCCAGAUGCAAUCAAAAAGACAGAGGACAUUGACAGAGGUGAAAAUACACAAAGUGAAGUCAACUCAGCUGAGGCCACCAGUGACGGAGAGAAGGAAAAACUGGACACAACAAAGAAGCUAGACAGCGAGAUAAAGGGGACAUUAGAAAAAGAUGACACCCCAAAACAUGGUGAAUCCCAACCAGAGAUUCCCAUCUCAACAGAACCCAAAACUUCAGAGUCAGAGGAUAGCAAAACAGGAAGUUCAAUAAAGGGUGAACCACAGGUCCCCACAGAGGACAUCUCCAAAGAACCCAAAAAGGUGUCAGAGGAGAGAAAAAAAGAAAGCCCUUUAAAAGAGAAAAAAGAGGUAGAUCUGAAAGAGGAGAGUGCCCCAACAGAGCAACAUCAAGACAGCCCAAAAGAAAGUCCCAUCAAAGAGAGAAAACAUUUAUAUCAGAGUGCCCCAACACUGGAGCAGAAACCUGUUCAGAAGGAGCACAGAGAGUCAGACCAACCUCAAGAGGCAGAGAGUGCUGUGACAACACAAGAAGAGGAUCUCCCUGAGCCCACAGAGAAGGACAUGGAAUCCCCUGAUAUCACUGCAGAGCUGAAGAGCAGUCCAACCAAGGAGACAGUGGAGCAGGUGAAGUCACCAGAUGAUUCUAGUGUAGAAAUGACACAAGAUGAGAAAACAGUAGGAGGUAAAAUGCCAGACAGAAUUAUCAGCACAACAAGUGAGUGUAAGGAAGAGCCUGUGCAAAAGACUCUUAAAAAGGAGGUGGGUCCGACAGAGCCAGAAGUGAGCAGCAAGGAUGAUAUUGUAAAAAGUGUUGUGCAGAAUGAACAUAAUGGCAGUGAAAAGGUCACAAAAGAUGUCUCAAUGGGUGAGGAAAAAGGGAAAGAAUCUAAGACAUCCCCUAAACCAGACCCCACUGUGACCCCUAAAGAAGAAACAUCCCCUAAACCAGACCCCACUGUGACCCCGAAAGAAGAAACAUCCCCUAAACCAGACCCCACUGUGACCCCUAAAGAAGAAACAUCCCCUAAACCAGACCCCACUGUGACCCCUAAAGAAGAAACAACCCCGCAUCCAGAGCCAACUGUCUCUCCUAAAGAGGAGACAUCCCCAAUACCGGACCAAUCUGUCACCCCUAAAGAAGAGACAUCCCCUAAACCGUACCCCACUGUCACCCCUAAAGAAGAGACAUCCCCUAAACUGGACCCCACUGUCACCCCUAAAGAAGAGAAAUCCCCUAAACAGGGACCAGCAAUCACCCCUAAAGAAGAAACGACCACAAAACCAGAUCAAACUGUCACCGCUAAAGAGGAGACAUCCCCACAACAGGAGCCAACAGUCACCCCUAAAGAGGAGACAUCCCCUAAACCGGAUCCCACUGUGACCCCUAAAGAAGAGACAUCCCCAAUACCGGACCAAACUGUCACCCCUAAAGAAGAGACAUCCCCUAAACCGUACCCCACUGUUGCCCCUAAAGAGGAGACAUCCCCACAACAGGAGCCAACCGUAACCCCUAAAGAGGAGACAUCCCCUAAACCGGACCCCACUGUCACCCCUAAAGAAGAGACAUCCCCUAAACAGGGACCAGCAGUCACCCCUAAAGAAGAAACAACCACAAAACCGGACCAAACUGUCACCGCUAAAGAGGAGACAUCCCCACAACAGGAGCCAACCGUAACCCCUAAAGAGGAGACAUCCCCUAAACCAGACCCCACUGUCACCCCUAAAAAAGAAACAGCCCUAAAACCGGACCGAACUGUCACCCCUAAAGAGAAGACUUCCCCAAAACCAGUACCAGCAGUCACCCCUAAAGUAGAAACUUCCCCAAAACCAGAUAUAACCACCACCCCUAAAGAAGAAACUUCCCCAAAACCAGAACAAGCAGUCACCCCUAAAGUAGAAACUCCCCCAAAACCAGAAACAGUAGUCAUCCCAAAAGUAGAAACUUCCCCAAAACCAGAACUAGCAGUCACCACUAAAGUAGAAACCUCCCCAAAACCAGAACCAGCAGUCACCACUAAAGUAGAAACUUCCCCAAAACCAGAAACAGCAGUCACCCCUAAAAUAGAAACUUUCCCAAAACCAGAUAUAACCACCACCCCUAAAGAAGAAACUUCCCCAAAACCAGAACAAGCAGUCACCCCUAAAGUAGAAACCUCCCCAAAACUAGAAACAGUAGUCACCCCUAAAGUAAAAACUUCCCCAAAACCAGGACAAGCAGUCACCACUAAAGUAGAAACUUCCCCAAAACCAGAACAAGCAGUCACCAGUAAAGUAGAAACUUCCCCAAAACCAGAACAAGCAGUCACCCCUAAAGAAGAAACUUCCCCAAAACAAGAAACAGUAGUCAUUCCAAAAGUAGAAACUUCCCCAAAACCAGAACUAGCAGUCACCACUAAAGUAGAAACUUCCCCAAAACCAGAACUAGCAGUCACCACUAAAGUAGAAACUUCCCCAAAACCAGAACCAGCAGUCACCCCCAAAGUAGAAACUUCCCCAAAACCAGAAAUAGCAGUCACAGCUAAAGUAGAAACUUCCCCAAAACCAGAUAUAACCACCACCCCUAAAGAAGAAACUUCCCCAAAACCAGAACAAGCAGUCACCCCUAAAGUAGAAACUUCCCCAAAACCAAAAACAGUAGUCAUCCCAAAAGUAGAAACUUCCCCAAAACCAGAACUAGCAGUCACCACUAAAGUAGAAACUUCCCCAAAACCAGAACCAGCAGUCACAGCUAAAGAUGAAACAUCCCCUAAACCAGAUCCAGCAGUUACCAGUAAAGAGGAGACAUCCCCACAACACGAGCCAACCGUCACCCCUAAAGAAGAGACAUCCCCUAAACCGGACCCCACUGUGACCCCUAAAGAAGAAACAACCCCUAAACCGGACCCCACUGUGACCCCUAAAGAAGAAACAACCCCUAAACCGGACCCCACUGUGACCCCUAAAGAAGAAACAACCCCGCAUCCAGAGCCAACUGUCUCUCCUAAAGAGGAGACAUCCCCAAUACCGGACCAAUCUGUGACCCCUAAAGAGGAAAUAUCUCCACAACAGGAGCCAACCGUAACCCCUAAAGAAGAGACAUCCCCUAAAUCGUUCCCCACUGUCACCCCUAAAGAAGAAACAACCCCGCAUCCAGAGCCAACUGUCUCUCCUAAAGAGGAGACAUCCCCAAUACCGGACCAAUCUGUGACCCCUAAAGAGGAGACAUCCCCACAACAAGAGCCAACCGUCACCCCUAAAGAAGAGACAUCCCCUAAACCAGACCCCACUGUGACCCCUAAAGAAGAAACAACCCCGCAUCCAGAGCCAACUGUCUCUCCUAAAGAGGAGACAUCCCCAAUACCGGACCAAUCUGUGACCCCUAAAGAGGAAAUAUCUCCACAACAGGAGCCAACCGUAACCCCUAAAGAAGAGACAUCCCCUAAAUCAUUCCCCACUGUCACCCCUAAAGAGGAGACAUCCCCUAAACCAGAACUAGCAGUCACCACUGAAGAAGAAACUUCCCCAAAACCAGAACCAGCAGUCACCCCUAAAUUUGAAACUUCCCCAAAACCAAACUCAACCAUCACCCCUAAAGAGGAAAUAUCCCCUAAACCAGACUCAACCCUCACCCCAGAAUCAACGACCACCCCUAAACCAUACUCAAACCUCACCCCAGAAUCAACGACCACCCCUAAACCAGACUCAACCCUUACCCCAGAAUCAACGACCACCCCUAAACCAGACUCAACCCUCACCCCAGAAUCAUCGACCAUCCCUAAACCAGACUCAACCCUCACCCAAGAAUCAACGACCAUCCCUAAACCAUACUCAACCCUCACCCCAGAAUCAAUGACCACCCCUACGGAAGAGAGUGAAACGACGGGCAGUGGUGACAAAGCUAAGACAAUCACACCACCAGAGAAACAGAUGCCUGCAUUUGCAGAGAGCAAUGACUCCCACAGGGAGGUGCCAGAAAGCAACACAACUCAGGAGAAACAAGAGGAAAGUAUGGACAAAGAGCCUGAGAAGGUUACAGAUCCCAAAGAUGGAACCCCAAAGACAGAGAGUGUGAAAACCAAGGCCUCUGAGUUAAAAUCUGAACAAGUUGAGAUAUCUAUUACAAAUACAUUACCAGUGAAAGAACAGGAUGUAUCAGCCGUGGGUUUGAAAGAUCAGACAGUUGAUGAGAAGAUAACAGAACAAGAUACAUUUUAAAUAGACGAGAACUGCUUUACCGGACAAGCUGCUGAGCCAAUCGCAGAGAAGCAAGCUAAACCUAAAACUUGAGACUUAACCUCUUUUUGAAUGACUCGAUUUAGAGGUCAGUAGAGGUUUUCUGUAAAACUGCAUGGUUAGUGAAAGGCUUUAAAGCAAUAUGAGAACUGCUCCCCCUUAAAAUAUUAACUGACGCUUAAUAUGUAAAGUAUCAUGAUUCGUGACUGUCAAUUAUGACCAGGGCCGCAACUUUCACUGGGGACGGGGACGGGGGGACGGGGGGACAUGUCCCACUCCCGCAUUCUGAAUUUGUAUUUAUGUCCCCCCCAGUUUUAUCAUUGGAAUGUGUUACAAAACGAGGCAUAGGUGUGCUUUUGGACCAUGUGGAUGCCUCCGAGUGGUCGGGUAGGCUGUUUGGAGUGUUUAUCCGACUGGAUAUUUUUAUUUUAUUUACAAUAAUAAUAACAUCCCCCCCACUUCUAAAAUCAAAGUUGCGCCCCUGAUUAUGAGGCACAAUUAAUGAACUCCUGCAAGAGAGACGUACUGUAAUAUUGAAUAUAACAAACCAAAAGCUGUAUUUUGCUGUAUAUAUUUACUUCUGACCAAUGGAUGAUAAUGUGCAUAGGGAUGAUAAUGAGAAUGGUUGAUAAUGUGAUUUGAUCAUGCCUGAAUGCGCUGAGCAAUAAAUUCUAUUUGAAGAGCA